AUGGGAUUGUUUGAUAAGCUAGCAGGAUGGCUUGGCCUGAAGAAGAAGGAGGUUCAUGUUUUGUGCCUUGGGUUGGACAAUAGUGGCAAAACAACUAUCAUUAAUAAACUUAAACCUUCAAAUGCUCAAACUCAAGACAUAGUUCCAACAAUAGGAUUCAGUAUAGAAAAAUUCAAGACAUCCAGUUUGUCUUUCACGGUGUUUGACAUGUCAGGUCAAGGCAGAUACAGAAACCUGUGGGAACAUUACUACAAAGAAGGCCAGGCCAUUAUUUUUGUCAUUGAUAGCAGUGAUAAAUUAAGAAUGGUUGUGGCCAAAGAAGAACUUGACACCCUCCUGAAUCAUCCAGAUAUCAAACACCGUAGAAUACCUAUCUUGUUCUUUGCUAACAAGAUGGACCUCAGGGAUGCGGUAUCAUCUGUGAAAGUCUCUCAGUUACUGUCUUUAGAGAACAUCAAAGAUAAACCAUGGCAUAUCUGUGCUAGUGAUGCGCUUAAAGGAGAAGGGUUACAAGAAGGUGUAGAUUGGCUCCAAGAUCAGAUCCAAGCAAUGAAGACAUGAGAGGCCAGUAAGAUAAAAGACCAGUCAUACAUUAACUUUGGCAGUAGAUGUACAAG